UCAUGACAACACGCAUAGAAAGCCUUCUUCAAAGCCCCUUUGAGUCGCGGUUAGGUCUGCCUCUUCACUUGUGGCCAACAGACGCUGCUCAAGACUUCAGUAGUAAAACCCUCUCUCUCCCAUGUAGCCCAGAGCCUUGGCUUCUUCCUGGCUGCAGUUCAGUGUAUGAUAGUCUUGUCAGCUGCUCUAAAACCCCACUGUCUACUUCACAAAAUGGAGAGAAGUCUUCUGCUGUUCAGAAGCCUCGCAGGUCCUCCAUCCUUGAGCGAUGCAUACUUAGGAUGUCUACAGCUAGUGUAGCUGUUGGGACGGAAGAUCUUGAUGGGGUCAAGAGGUCACCAUCAAGGGUAAAGUGGUAUCCCCAUAAUGCUGACCCUUCUCAUUUUGAGAUCAACGAGGCUGUUUUGAAGCGUAGACAAAAGCAGAUUCAGUAUGGGAAGAAUACCUGUGGCUAUCAGAACUACGUACAGCAGGUUCCAAAGCGUCUGCGUGUCCCUGGAAUUCAUCCUUCCACUCCAAACAAAUACCGCAAAUAUAGCCGCAGAUCUUGGGACAUGCAAGUCCGGCUCUGGAGGAGAGCACUUCAUGCUUGGGACCUGCCAUCUGCAUCUCAGAAUGACACUGAAGGACAAGACCCUGUUGAUCAACUGCAGAGCUUGCUUGAGAAGAUGAAUACAGAGCUGUGUGAUGGUGGCGAAAAAGAGGACAUCAAGUGGGAAAUGGUGCCAGAUUCAAUGACGUCUAUCAUUUCACAACCUUCUGAAAUCUCAACUGAUGGUCCUUGGUUGGCUUCUAAUGCUUUGCAGAUUGGAGCCCCAUCCCACCUGAACCAAAGCUCUCAGCAUGGAUUGGGCUAUACCUUCAGCAGUAAUCAGACAGCACAGGAAAACGUCCUUGGAUGGUUACGGUUUCUGCUUGAGACUGACCACAACCAAAGCCAAGCGCCUUUGCUGCCGGAAGAGCCUUUCUGGAGAAUUGCGUAGUGUCGUCAAAUCAUGUGAAUUAUCUGCGCGAAUCUGGUGCAGAUCUUGUUCCCCCAGCAGCCUUCGACACUUUGAAGAAUCACACUUGAAUCAGUUGGUCUUCUAGUUCUGUAUGUUGUCUACUUUAUGUAUUUCAUAUUUGUGGUAUCCUCUCCAGAUGAAUGUUCUAGAUUGUUCUCAAUACUUUGUUCCUUCACUUUCUAGUUUCCAUUAUGUUUCUUGAAAAGCACGUUCCUAUUUUUCAUUUGUUCCUUGUUCUCAGCACUAUUUCCCUCCUGUUUGUCACGUCACUGUUUUUCUAAAAACAGGAAGUUUUGAAGUUUUAUUUACUUUUAUUUUUGUGUGGACCUCUA